AUGACGCAGAGAAGUCCCAGGGCGACCGCCGCCAAUCUCCCCGCGGGCCUGGGACCUGAGCGCCUGAGGCGAAGCUUGCAGCUCGGCGGAGUGGUGAAGGAGGAAAUCUCUGACGACAAUGCCAAGCUGCCCUGCUUCAAUGGCCGCGUGGUGUCCUGGUUGGUGUCUGCUGAGGGUUCACACCCAGAGCCUGCUCCCUUCUGUGCUGACAACCCAUCGGAACUGCCACCACCCAUGGAACGCACAGGAGGCAUUGGGGACUCCCGGCCCCCAUCCUUCCACCCUCAUGCUGGUGGAGGCAGCCAGGAGAACUUGGACAAUGACACAGAGACAGACUCCUUGGUGUCAGCCCAGCGUGAGCGGCCACGCAGGAGGGACGGCCCAGAACACACAACCCGGCUAAAUGGAACUGCAAAGGGGGAGCGGCGGCGAGAGCCAGGGGGUUACGAUAGCUCAUCCACCCUUAUGAGCAGCGAGUUAGAGACCACCAGCUUCUUUGAUUCGGAUGAGGAUGACUCCACCAGCAGGUUCAGCAGCUCCACAGAGCAGAGCAGCGCCUCACGCCUGAUGAGAAGACAUAAGCGGCGGCGGAGGAAGCAGAAGGUUUCGCGGAUUGAGCGGUCCUCGUCCUUCAGCAGCAUCACGGACUCCACCAUGUCACUCAACAUCAUCACAGUCACUCUCAACAUGGAAAAGUACAACUUUUUGGGCAUCUCCAUUGUGGGCCAAAGCAACGAGCGUGGUGAUGGAGGCAUCUACAUCGGCUCUAUCAUGAAGGGUGGGGCUGUGGCUGCAGAUGGACGCAUCGAGCCAGGAGAUAUGCUGUUACAGGUAAACGAGAUCAACUUUGAGAACAUGAGUAAUGACGACGCAGUCCGGGUACUGCGGGAGAUUGUGCACAAACCGGGGCCAAUCACCCUGACUGUAGCCAAGUGCUGGGACCCAAGUCCACGUGGUUGCUUCACACUGCCCAGGAGUGAGCCCAUCCGGCCCAUUGACCCUGCCGCCUGGGUCUCCCACACUGCAGCCAUGACCGGCACCUUCCCUGCCUAUGGCAUGAGCCCCUCCCUGAGCACCAUCACCUCCACCAGCUCUUCCAUCACCAGCUCCAUCCCUGAUACAGAACGCCUAGACGACUUCCACCUAUCCAUCCACAGUGACAUGGCCGCCAUCGUAAAAGCCAUGGCCUCCCCUGAAUCUGGGCUGGAGGUCCGUGACCGCAUGUGGCUCAAGAUUACCAUCCCCAACGCUUUCAUCGGCUCAGAUGUGGUGGACUGGCUGUACCACAACGUGGAAGGCUUCACUGACCGGCGAGAGGCCCGCAAAUAUGCCAGCAACCUGCUGAAAGCCGGCUUCAUCCGCCACACUGUCAACAAGAUCACCUUCUCCGAGCAGUGCUACUACAUCUUCGGUGACCUCUGUGGCAACAUGGCCAACCUGUCCCUCCAUGAUCACGAUGGCUCCAGCGGCGCCUCUGACCAGGACACGCUGGCCCCUUUGCCACACCCAGGGGCAGCCCCUUGGCCCAUGGCUUUCCCUUACCAGUACCCGCCGCCCCCGCACCCCUACAACCCUCACCCAGGCUUCCCAGAGCUGGGGUACAGCUAUGGUGGGGGCAGCGCCAGCAGUCAGCACAGUGAAGGCAGCCGGAGCAGUGGCUCCAACCGUAGCGGCAGUGACCGACGGAAGGAGAAGGACCCGAAGGCGGGGGACUCAAAGUCUGGCGGCAGCGGCAGCGAGUCGGACCACACAACCCGCAGCAGCCUGCGGGGGCCGCGGGAGCGGGCGCCCAGCGAGCGCUCAGGUCCUGCCGCCAGCGAGCAUAGCCACCGCAGCCACCACUCAAUGGCCAGCAGCCUGCGCAGUCACCACACGCACCCGAGCUACGGCCCCCCUGGCGUGCCCCCUCUCUACGGUCCCCCCAUGCUGAUGAUGCCCCCUCCGCCCGCUGCCAUGGGGCCCCCAGGAGCCCCUCCGGGUCGCGACCUGGCCUCCGUGCCCCCCGAACUGACAGCCAGCAGACAGUCCUUCCGCAUGGCCAUGGGAAACCCCACCAAGAAUUUCGGGCUGUUUGACUUUCUGUGA